GAUGGGGAAGCCAUAGGGAGUUUGUAUCAUGGCAACAGAUGAGGAUGGACUGGGACUGUUUGAUACCCGCUAUGGUGCUGAAGCUUCCCCCUUCAAGGAAGGUGAUGAGAGCUCAGUGGAUAUUUACGAUGGCUUGGACAAUGGUUUGACAGUUCCUGACAAUUCUGCUCCAAAUUCUACACCGGCUGGAAACAGCUUAAAUUUAUUUGAUGAGAUAUUAAUUGAAGAAGGGACUGCAAAGGAAGCAUCCUACAACGAGUUGCAGGCAGAAUAUGGAAAAUGUCAGCAGCAAAUUAAAGAGUUGAUGAAGAAAUUUAAGGAAAUACAGGCACAG